AUGGGAAGGCAUGAAUUCAAACAUAAUCGAGUAGUUGCAAAAAGUACGAAUUGCAACAUCUAUACGAUUCGUUUACAACAAGCGAGGCGAGGUAUUCGACUCGAUUCUGUAAACACUUUAAGCAGAUGGGUAAAACAGACUCUUGCAUCGGCGGGUGUCAACACAACACUUUUUACGCCUCAUUCAGUCAGGCAUGCGGCUACCUCAACGGCGUUAAGAAAAGGCGUUUCCGUAGAUAGUAUAUGUAAAACAGUUGUUUUGACUGUAUUUUAGAAUAGUCCCGUGUCUCGUCAUCCGGGGAAAUAAUCCUUCAAUAUUCUCAACGCAAACUGACUUCGCUUGAAUCAAAUCGGUCAACUGAAG